UGUAUUUUUUUAAGGAUCUUCUGCUUCUGACACAUUUCAGCGGACCAGGUGUUGCUGCGUCGUGCGUCGCCCUCGAUACAAACGAUGUCGGACUCCAUUAAAAACGUCGCGAUAUUUGGAGCCACGGGAAUGACCGGGCUGGCGACCCUGCCGAUAGCGGUGGCUGCAGGAUACAAUGUGACGGUGCUGGUGCGCGACCCCGCCAAGCUGCCUGCUGACCACAAGGCGUCCAGGGUGGUGGUGGGAGACGUGCUCAAUAAAGAGGACGUAAAGAAGACGUUGGAGGGCCAGGAUGCUGUCAUCAUCAUCUUAGGCACCAGGAAUGACCUCAGCCCAACAACCAUGAUGUCUGAAGGCACCAAGAACAUCGUGGAAGCUAUGAAGUCACGGGGGAUCCGCAAAGUGAUUGGCUGCAUGUCGGCCUUCCUUCUGUGGGAUCGCUCCAAAGUGCCGCCCCGUCUGGUUCCUGUGACAGAGGACCACGACAGGAUGUACACCGUGCUGAAGACAUCGGGCCUGGACUACGUGGCUGUCAUGCCUCCUCACAUUGGAGGUGACCUUCCUCUGACGGAGAACUACACGGUGACAGAGAACAUGCUGAAGGGAAGAGCCAUCUCUAAACACGACCUGGGACAUUUCUUCGUUAAGUGCCUCUCCUCUUCAGAGUGGGACGCCAAAACAGUUGGAGUGUGCGGAGAGUACAAAUAGUCCUGCUGAUGCUUCUUUAAGUUGCUUCCUGCCACUGAUGCUGAGAGAUGAAUGAAGGGAAGAGUUUUGUGUUGAACUAGUAGUUUGUGUGUGUCUUUUUUUAGCUUCCCUCCUUUUCCCCUUUCAUGAUUAUGAUUCAGAAGCUUUUGCUUUGUUAUUUUCUUACCAUUUUUUUUUUUUUUUUUUUUUUAUCAGCUGCACAAAUGGGACAUUUUCAAAACAAGUGCCAAACCUGUUGGGUCACUUCAGCUCUUUCUAUUGUUUCUGUACAUCAGGCAUUACAUCAGCUGAUCCUACUGUUCUGACCUCCUUCCACUUUAUAGCUCCUAAAAAUAAAAGACUUUUCUGUACUAAA